UUCAGCACGAAAAUGACAGCAGAACUAACGUAGGAACCCUUCACGUUUCGCUAUUUAGAGCAGGCGAACCUGUGCAAGGAAGCGGCAGUUCAUCUUCUCAGAGCUCAAGAAACAUGGCGGAGCAGGAGACGAAGAUGGUGAUCAAAGUGGAUCUUCAGUGCCAUCGCUGCUACAAGAAGAUCAAGAAAAUCCUGUGCGAGAUCCCUCAAGUAAAAGAUCGAAUCUUUGACGAGAAACAAAACACGGUGACGAUCACAGUGGUGUGUUGCAGUCCUGAGAAGGUCCGGCAAAAGAUUUGUUGCAAGGGAGGAUGUUGCAUUUUACGCAUCGACAUUAUACCGCCCAAGCCAGUUCCUCCUCCAAAACCAGUUAAAAAUGAUGCAUCCACUCAAACUCCUCCACCGGUACUAGGUUACCCGCCGGUGUAUGUGAUGGGGCUGGUGUACGUUUGUCCCCCAUGUCACAAUCGAGGUUGCGGUUGGUUCUGUCCAUGCAACUGCCACUGCAGGAGGCCGCCAAUCUGCGACAGUGGAUGUGGGGGGCCACCGAUGUGCCGUGAUGGUUGUGGGUGGCCGGCCCACGAGUGCCGAUGCCAGAGACCUCUUUACUCGAGGUGCUGCGAUUGACGCAACGACAAUGGAAACGCCUCUUUGUCAUGGACCCUGCACAGUUGUGACGGUGGAAGGCCGCCGGUGUGCACCAAUGCCGGCUGCAAGUGCGAAGCUUUCUGGUCGCUUGUGUAAGGAGAGCUCCGUGGUAUUUAUGCGGAACCGAGGUUUUCAUUCCCUCGAGCCGGGGUUUUCAUGACAUCGAGAGGAGCACGCUAUACAGUAUCUUCCAUUAGAUAUACGUCGCCAUCGUCAGAUCUUGAUUAUGUCUACGCAUAAGGAUCAGUUGAAUAAUGCUUUACCCUAGGUUUUUAACUUCUAUUGUACUUUGCAUUACCUUUCACCUA